AUGAGGAGUGUUCUUUAUCUCAUAUGGCUAGUUUUCUCGGCGUGUUGUGCUGGGGAAUCCCGCCUUAUUUAUGGAGAGUUUCCGCCGUCCUUUAUAUUCGGGGUCAGCAGUUCUGCCUUUCCUGCUGAUGGAGUCUGGGACAAGGACAGAAAAGAUGCCAGUAUUUGUGACGAACUCACCAAGAACGGUUCAAGUAUCCAUGGAAGCGGGGACGCCAGGACCGCAGCUGACGGCUACCAGAAUGUGAAGACUGACGUACAGCUACUGAAGUCACUUGGCGUUUCACAUUACAAGUUCUCCCUGUCGUGGCCACGAAUUCUCCCAGCUGGAACUACUGAACGUGUCAACGAUAAAGGCGUGGCCUACUACAACGAGCUAAUCGACAAACUGUUAGCCAAUGAUAUCCAGCCUUUCAUAACACUGCAUCACUGGGACCUACCCCAGCAGCUGCAGAACCUCGGUGGUUGGGCGAAUGAAUCAUCGGUCACCUGGUUCAAGGAAUAUGCCGACCUGUGUUUCAAGACGUUUGGAGACAGGGUUAAAAUAUGGACAACAAUCGAAGAUCCAGUGACUUUGGCCUACAAAGGUUACGAGACUGGCGACCAUGCCUCGGGUUUAAAAAACCCAGACCUGGUGUAUCUUGUUGGGCAUAACUUGAUCCGGGCUCACACCGAGGCUUAUAUAAUAUACAAGGACACUUACAGGGCUUCUCAAAAUGGACAAGUAGGAAUUGUUCUGAAUUCUGACUGGUAUGUUCCCAAAACUACAUCUGCCUCUUAUGUCGAUGCUGCUUUGAGAGCUCUAGCUUUCUAUCUGGGCUGGAUAGCAGAUCCACUGUUCAAGGGCGACUACCCAGCUUUAAUGAGAAAGUACCUUGGUAACCGGAAUCUGCAAAAGGGAGUGCCACGCCGGACACUUCCAAAAUUUAACAAACGCGAGAAGUCUAGAAUUAAAGGCGCUCUGGACUUUCUGGCUAUUAGCCACUUCAAGACAAAGCUGGUAUCGCAUAAAACCAACAUGGGCAAUGGGUUUUUGAAAGACCAGGACAUAUUGCUGGAGGUAGAUACGUCUUAUCCAAACUUGGAAUACCGUCCGGAGACGAACCCCGACAGUGACAAACGUCUAAUGGGGUUCGGUCUGAGGGAUCUUCUGGUUUACCUGACCACAACAUACAACAAUCCGGCCAUUUAUGUGACGGAAAAUGGGCUGGAGACUUGUGGGACACUGCAAGAUCAAGACAGGAUAGACUAUAUCAGAGACUACAGCAACAAUGUCUUACAAGCUAUCAUCGCAGGAAGUGACGUCAGGGGAUAUUUCGUGCACUCCUUGGUUGAUGGAUUUGCCUUGGACCAGACAUACACCAUCAAAACAGGACUUUACUUUGUGGACAUGGAUACCAAAGACAGACCCCGCUACCCACGUUCCUCGGCCACGUUUUACAAGAUGCUGGUUGCGAAAAGAAGUUUUGAUGACAAACUUAUAAACUUCAGAGCCUUUCCCCAUGAUCGGCACGAGUUUUAUUAUGGACGUUUCCCUAGCAAUUUUCUGUGGGGAGCCGCCACUUCUGCAUAUCAAAUAGAAGGUGCCUGGAAUGAAGAUGGUAAGGGAGUUAGUAUAUGGGACACCUUCGCUCACAAUAAUAAAAUUGAGGGUAACCAAACUGGAGACGUUGCCGCUGACAGCUACCACCUCUACCAGGAGGAUGUCAACAAUCUGGAGAAACUGGGGGUUGAUUUCUACCGGUUCUCCAUCGCCUGGACUCGUAUUCUGCCAAACGGGACAAUUGACAACAUAAACCAAGCCGGCAUAGAUUACUAUAACCGCCUUAUCGAUGCCCUACUAGCUAAAAACAUCAUCCCCAUGGUCACCCUGUAUCACUGGGACCUCCCUCAAACACUCCAGGACUACGGCGGGUGGACAAAUGAAAGCAUGGUGAACAUAUUCGGGGAAUACGCCAGAAUUUGUUUUCAGCAUUUUGGGGACAGGGUGAAGCACUGGAUCACCUUCAACGAACCCUAUGUGUUCACAGUCUUCGUCUACGAAACUGGAAUGCACCCUCCUGGAAAAUCCAGACCAGGCAUCGUAGUUUAUCAAGCUGCCCAUAACGUUCUUCGAGCCCACACGAGGGCCUAUCACAUCUACAAGGACAGUUUCAAGAACAGCCAAAAAGGUGUGGUCGGCAUCACACUGUCUGUUGAAUUUAUGGUGCCAAUGACUGAUUCGCCAGAGGAUGCUGAAGCAGCCGACAGGGCAAUGGAAUUUAAUUUUGGAUGGUUUGCCAACGCCAUAUUUUCUGGAAGUGGCGACUACCCACAAGUGAUGAAAAAGUUCAUUGGAGACAAGAGCAGGCGUCAAGGGUUUGCUUCCAGCAGACUACCGGAGUUUACGGACGCGGAGAAAAAGCUAAUCAACG